UGUAUCUACAUGUAUCUCUCUACAGAAUGUAGAAUAUAUGUUUGGAAUAGUUGGUGUUCCAGUCAUUGAAGUAGCUAUGGCAGCUCAAGCCUCAGGAAUCAAUCCAGGUGCGUGUCUGGUUGUGUCUGGACCGGGACUCAUCCAUUCACUUGGUGGAAUGGCCAACGCUAACAUGAACUGCUGGCCUGUGAUUGUUAUUGGAGGCUCCUCUGAUCAAAACCAAGAGACCACUGGGGCGUUUCAAGAGUUUCCACAGGUGGAGGCAUGCAGAUUGUACAGUAAGUUCUCUGCUAGGUCUAGCAGUCUGGAUAUGAUCUCCUCAGUGGUAGAGAAGGCAGCACGCACUAGCAUGUAUGGACGUCCAGGUGCUGUAUACGUAGACAUAUCUGGGGACAUGGUCAAUGCUAAAUUGGACAGGAGCAGAGCCAGAGAGGUGCCCUGUAGUCCACCUCCUCCUGUGAGUAUGGCUGACCAUAUGGCGAUCACAGAAGCACUGGCGGUCCUGAAAGGAGCCAAACGGCCUUUACUCAUCAUUGGCAAAGGUGCAGCCCAUUGAAGAGCAGAGGGG